AUGCUGCGCCGAUGGGCGAUACAAGCUACUCUAGCUGGACCGAGCAGGCAGUUACUGAUUCCCAGACAAAGGGGGAUAGCCACUGCUCUUCCGCUGCUUCGCCAAGACGACCGAUUGCCUAGGGGACAUGUUCGACCUCGUCGUAGACCAAUUUUGCCAUCGGAAACGAACCAACAUCCAGCCGAAACUCCACCGGGACCGUACCCACAAUACGAUUUCGACCAAUUUAACCCAUCUAGAGUACAGCCCCCUGUACCAUCUAGACCCAUCAAUAUUCCACCUGAUCCUCAAGGUAUACUGAAGGAUAAUCACGCCGCAAGGGAGAUACUGGGUCAUGAGAGUCUGGUUAUUGUAAGGCAGCUAGAGAUGCUGAAUGUGUUCAUGGGUUUUGAACAAGCAAACAGAUAUGCCAUUCAUUCGCCUGAUGGUCAACAUGUCGGAUUUUUGGCGGAAGAAGAACAAACUAUCAUUUCUGCUAUAUCGAGGCAAGCUUUGCGUACACAUCGACCAUUCAGAGCCGUCAUAAUGGAUAAACAUGGUAAACCUAUACUAUGGGUUCGCCGUCCUUUUGCAUUUAUAAAUUCUAGGAUAUUUGUACAUGCUGAAGAAGGAUCAGAAGGCAAACUCGUAGGAGAGGCCCAACAACAAUGGCAUCCUUGGAGAAGACGAUAUAACCUCUUUCAAACACGAGAAGAAGAGACUUUUAAACAAUUUGCGAAAGUGGAUAGCGGAUUCUUGGCAUGGGACUUCUGGUUGAAAGAUCGCGAUGAUCGGCUGGUGGCAUCGAUCAACAGAAAUUUCAGAGGUCUAGGCAGGGAGCUGUUCACUGAUACUGGACAAUAUGUGAUUCGAUUCGACGCUGCAGGAACAGAACUUAAUUUGCCUCCCGGUUCGAACAUCAACGUUCAAGGACAGUCGUUGAUUCUACCAGAAGGUAAAGAGGGAGGUUUGACUCUGGAUCAGAGAGCCAUGACUUUAGCGACAGCUGUAUCAAUCGACUUCGAUUACUUCUCCAGACAUUCGGGUAGCGGUGGGAUGGGUUUCCCUUUCAUGUUCUGGGGCGGUGGAGACGGUGGUAUGGAAGCAUCGCGUGGUCGGCCAUCAGAUGUUGAACCUGCAGGUGGGGCGGCGACGGGUGCAGCAGCGGGAGCGGCAGGAGCGAAUAUGUCAGAAGACGAGCAGAUAUACGGUCGCCAACCAUCUGAACAAGGAUCACAAGACCUUGAUCAAUAUCCCCCUUCUGCAGAAGGAAUGGAAGGCUUGGACGAAGAGCAGGGAUGGGGUGAAAACGAGGUGAUGCAAGAUCCUUGGUCUGAGCAGCAAAACGAUGAUAGCGGUUGGUUUGGAAGUGAUGACGGAGGCGGUGGGGGUGGGGGUGGGGAUUGGGGCGAUUGGGGAUCAUAG